CCGACGCCAUGUCCUUUUCUGGAGGUGCGUUUAGGGCUCCACUCAGCUCGCGGUAUGACUACAGGUCAGAGCCCUAUUCUACGCACGCAGUCUCGGCACCAUCAACCGGAAUUGACUUCUCGUCCCUUGUUGCAAUGCGGAUGGCUGACCGUCUCAUGAUCACUGCCAGGAGGGGACCCCUCACUAUACCCGCCACGAUCUGCCGUUGUUCCCCAUGGUACAAACCCCAGGCUGGGGUGUGGAUAAGUCUUAGACUAGACCAUGCGUGUGUAUAUAAGGACCUGUAGAUCCCUCUCGAGGACUUGGAAGCAACAGCAUCUUUUUGGCAAUCAUGGGCAAAUCGACCUACAUUCUAUCUAGCGUCUUCCUUGCCAUUGGAGGUUUCCUCUUUGGUUAUGACUCUGGAAUUAUUGGUUCCACCAUUGUCUUGGACACUUUCAAGGAUUAUUUCCAUCACCCUAAUGCCACUGUCACUGGUGGCAUCGUCUCUGCCUUCCAGGGAGGCGCAAUGCUCGGCACCAUCAUCAACAUGGUUAUCGCAGACCGCCUGGGCAGGAAGAGGACCAUUGCUGCAGGUUCUUGUAUCUCUCUUCUUGGAUGUGCUCUACAGGCAGGCGCAGCAAAUAUGCCGAUGCUCAUUGUUGGAAGAUUCAUCGCAGGCGCUGCGGUGGGUAUGCUCACCUCCACCAUUCCAAUGUACGCCGCCGAAAUCUCUCCAUCGAAGCACCGCGGCGCUUUGUCAGGUCUCCUUCAGUGGAUGUUGAGUUGGGGAUUCCUUGUUGCUCAGUGGCUCGGCUACGGAUGCGAAUUCAACAAGACACAAUUCUCUUGGCGCUUUCCUCUUGCAUUUCAAUGUAUUCCCGCCUGCAUUCUUGUCUUCGGAAUUUGGUUUCUCCACGAGAGUCCUCGCUGGCUCAUGGAAAAAGACAGACACGACGAAGCAAAAGCCAUCCUCUUCAAGCUUCAUGGAGACGGCACCUCCGAGAAAGAGACUCUGAUUGAGCUCGAGUUCCGCGAGAUUCGAGACGUGAUUGAAGCCGACCGUGCCAACAACCAGACCUCGAUCAUGACCAUAAUCACCAAAGCAAGCUGGCGCAAGCGUCUGUUGCUGGGCUGUGGUGUUCAGGCAUUUGGCCCUCUUAGUGGCAUCAAUGUCAUCAACUACUACGGCAAUGUGAUUUACGAGCUCCUUGGUAUCAGCACAUCAACUUCGCUCAAGAUCACUGGAAUUAGCGGUGCCCUUUCCGUGGUCUACUGCACCAUCGGUCUCUGGACACUGGACAGAACUGGUCGUGUCAAGCCCUUGAUCGUUUCUGCUGCGGGUCUCGCAGCUGCUCUCGUUUGUAAUGCUGCGAUGUACCAGAAUCUGGACAUCAACAACGGUAACAUGCUGCGUGCUAUGGUCGCCAUGAAUUUCGUCUUUUCCUUGUUCUACACUCCCUUGGGAAUCAUUUCCUGGGUCUACCCGGCUGAAAUCUUCCCUGUCGAGGUCAGAGCAUUCGGUAACGCGGUGACAACAUUCACCAACUGGACUAUCAAUCUGAUAUUUGCUCAAUUCAGUCCACAGGCCCUCGCAAGUAUCGGCAUCAAGUAUUUCUACGUGUUCUUUGUGUUCAACAUUGCCGCUAUGCUAUGCUACAUUUUCUUCUAUCCCGAAACCAAGGGCAAGACUCUCGAGCAGAUGGAUGAACUGUUCGGUGAUCAGCUUGUGCCGCACGCCCUCGAAGACCCUCAAGCUGCUGAGAUCGCCAUGGAGAAGGCUGGAAUCACCUCUUACCGUGAGGAAGUAAUCAAGCAGUAGAUAUUGCCUCCCCAGUGCUAAUUUCCAUUGGAGCUCGAAGGGUUUGGCUGGCGAAUAACGAAAGCUUUCGUCAUGUACACGAUGAGGUUUAUUUCUUGUACGAAUAUUCUGUUUGAUGCCCAAUGGACAGUGGUUUCCAUAUCUCAGCUACUCCAGACACUGUUUAUUCCGCGUGGUAGCCGAAUAUUCAUCCUCCAAGCACUUUAUCCUCGAGGAACUUUUUCGUAAUGUACAGUCGUCAGGGAUCUAAAUGGACGAAUUCCUCCUGGACCUCGGAGUUUCGAAUGAAUACAUUUGCCACACAAUCAUAUGAACUCCCUGCAACUUCGCGCAGGUGGAUCUACG